CAGCCCGCGUGUGGGUUUUCCCCUGGAAGUGAAUUGGCAGCUCGGGCUAUGCUGCUGUUCUUCAUGCUGGGGCUGCUGGUACACGUUGUGUUCUUCGCCUCCAUCUUUGACAUCUAUCUGACGUCUCCCCUGGUUCACGGGAUGACUCCUCACUGGACACCGUUGCCUCCUCCGGCGAAAAGACUAGUGUUGUUUGUGGCCGAUGGUCUGCGAGCUGAUGCAGUUUUUAAGUUAGAUGAAGAUGGAAGUCCCAGAGCACCAUUUAUCAGGAAUGUCAUCAUGCAUGAAGGCAGCUGGGGGAUCUCUCAUACACGUGCGCCCACGGAAUCCAGGCCAGGGCACGUAGCCCUGAUAGCUGGGUUUUACGAAGAUGUCAGUGCCGUUACCAAAGGAUGGAAGAAAAAUCCUGUAGAAUUUGAUUCUCUUUUUAAUGAAAGCAAGUAUACCUGGAGCUGGGGAGAACUCAAUAUUAUAUCGAUAUUUGCCAAAGGUGCUAGUCAAGGCCAUGUGUAUGUACAUAGUUAUGACACAGAAAAGGAGGAUUUGAGCGCCAGCAGUAAAACCAAACUGGAUACCUGGGUCUUUGAGAAUGUGAAGGACUUUUUUCAUGCUGCCCAAAACAACCAGUCUUUGUUUUCUAAAGUAAAUGAAGAGAAAAUAGUUUUUUUCUUGCACUUAGUAGAUGUAGAUACCAUUGGAAAUGUUUAUCUACCAUCAUCAAGUGAAUACAGGUACACAAUUAGAAAAGUUGAUGAUGGAGUGAAAGAGAUUGUGUCCAUAUUUGAGCAUUUUUAUAGAAACGAUGGGAAAACCACAUUUCUCUUUACCUCUGACCAUGGAAUGACAGACUCAGGUUCCCACGGGGCUGGCCAUCCUUCAGAGACUCUGACUCCUUUAGUCGCUUGGGGAGCUGGAAUAAAGCACCCCCAGAAAGUAUCAGCACAGCAAUUUGAUGAUAUGUUUUUGAAAGAAUGGAAACUGGAGAACUGGAAGAGGCUCGAUGUCAACCAGAUUGACAUCACACCAUUGAUGGCUUCUUUGAUCGGAGUUCCUUUCCCCAUCAAUUCAGUGGGGACCCUUCCUGUGGCUUAUCUUAACAACACGGACCUUUUCAAGGCAGAGAGCUUGUUCACCAACGCCGUCCAGGUCCUCGAGCAGUUCAAGGUGAAAAUGACCCAAACAAAAGAAAGGACUUUGCCAUUUUGGUUCCGACCAUUUAAAGCGUUUCCCAAUUCACAAGAAGUCUUCCUUUGCAAGGAGCUGAUUGGUCUUGCAUUGAAAGGACUGUCUUAUUAUCAUACUUAUGACAGAUUGUUUUUGAGAAUCAAUGUUGUUAAUGGUUUCGUAGCAUGGAUGACGUAUGUUUCUUUGAUGAUCAUCAAGCCUCAUUCCAACCCGACAAGAGGCAUUAUUAGUAAAGAAGUCAAGAAACCAAGCCACCUCCUGCCAUGCAGCUUUGUAGCUAUCGGCAUUUUAGUGGCAUUUUUCCUGCUGCUUCAAGCCUGUCCCUGGACUUACUACGUCUACUGUUUGCUGCCGGUGCCCAUAUGGUAUGCGGUUUUAAGAGAGGUUCAAGUCAUUCAAGACCUGGUCGCGUCACUGUUGGCCUUCCCGCUGAGUCGUCUGGCUGGCUCUCUGGUCCUCUUUGCCUUGGGAAUUGAAGUCUUGGUUCUCAGUUUCUUCUACCGCCGCGUGCUCACUGCCGGGCUCGUCGGGUUUGCCAUUUGGCCGUUUUUCACGCCGCUGUGGACUCGAGCAAAGGUCACCUCGCUGAGUUGGACUUCCUUCUCUUUGCUCCUGGCCGUGUUUCCACUGAUGCCCGUGGUCGGACAACAGCCAAAUCUCUCUCUCGUGUACGACGCUGGUGGCCUGGAGGUUAUGAGUUCGGCAGCAAUCGCAAGGAAUUUAGGGGACAGUGAACUUAAGUUACUAAGGCAUGACCCGUCUGGUCUUUGUUUUCAGGUGCUGAGCACGGUGUUGGCCAUGCUCGUGGUGUCUGGCACCUACGACAGUCUGCUGCGGAAGCAAGGGCUGCCUCUUGCCAACCAGAUGGUUAGCUGGGCGAUCCUAGCCUCCUCCCUGCUGGUGCCACUGCUGAGUCCCAUGAACCUCUUCCAGCGACUCUUCAGCAUAUUCCUUUCCUUGAUGCCAACCUACCUUCUUCUGAGCACAGGGCAUGAAGCCCUUUUUCUGGUAAUACUGUCUUGCUUGAUGCUCUCCUGGAUCCACCUGGAACAAGAGACCCUCUCACAGUCUGUUGUUUCCUGUAAGCAGAAGCUCACCAGCAUCACGUUUUCCCACCAUCCGGAUACAGCCCACUUUCGACAACUCGACCCGGACGACAUCCGCAGGGUCCUUUUCCUUGUCUUCUUCUUUGUGACAGCAUUUUUUGGAACUGGAAAUGUAGCUUCUGUUAACAGCUUUUUCCUCAUGGUUCUGCUCAUAUCCGACAUGAUGGCUCUGCACUUUUUCUUCUUGGUCAAGGAUCAUGGCAGCUGGCUCGACAUUGGGACAAGCAUUACCCACUAUGCAAUGGCCCUGUUCUUGACCGUCGUCCUGGGCCUGGUCAGUGGCCUGGUCCAGCUGCUCACAACAAAGAAACUCCGGCUGCGGGAAAAACCCAAAAUCCGUCUCAUCUGAUGGAGCGGAAGCAUGUGUAUCCUGUUUCUCCUUCUCCUGUUAAACUCACCGCGAGUGUGCCACCCAUCCCAUCAGGGACUCAAUAAA